CCUUCUACGAAACGGUCCUUAGGGAAUCAUGGUAGCUCAGUGUAUUCAACAAAACAAAUAUCCAGUCUAAGAUGAUGAACACAACCACCAUGAUGUCUAUUACGGCGAAUUUUAAGCAACAAAGCUAUAUCAUAAUUUUGGUUAACAACCUUUGUAAUGAAUUUGCUCAUUAUACCGUUAAGAUGAAAUUUGUCACACUGGCCCCGAUCCUACAUGUUGAGUUAAUUGAGUGACGCCCGUUUCACUUAUGUAUAAAUCAGAGUGAACUCUCUUCUCCAUCCCUAUAACGUCCGAUCCUCCAAAAACAAUUGAAAAUUAGCUUUUCAGAUACCCGUCCCCUGGUGAUGCGGAAGCUGGGAGGAUUGAACCAAAAUUGUUCACAUUCCCGUUUUCUAAAGACGCUUGAAAUUUGUUUAUGUGUUAGCAGUUUCGCUGGUUUCGCUUCAAACAAUGAUCUGACUGGUACUUGACAAUAGUUUCACAAUGGCUGAAUUUAUUUUGGACUUAUUUUCAUGAAUUUCAUAAUUUUCGCUCUCAUUAGAUUCAGACGAUCGAAUUUCUUUCGUUUUCUGAUUGCUUGUUGCUUCUGACUUGAAAUUAGCUUCAUUUUUUUUUUUUUUUCAAGAAAAGCAACUAAAAUUUGUCGACUUGACGUGACGUCUUACAUGAAGAACACUGUUCAGACAUUGGGUUCGUCUGCCCAUGACAGAAGCAUUGUCUCGGCCUAGCUCGGACACAAUUUCCUGACGAGUGUGUUUCAAAUUAAAAACCGUGGUACAAUUCAUUGCAAGACAAUCUUUGAAUUUUAACUCGUGUGCAUCUUAUUCUUUUAUUUAACUAUUCUCCUUUUGCCACUGUCGUUAUUAAUAUUGAAACAAAAUUCGUCAAUCUUAAGCGGAUUACUGUAAUCAAGUGGUACUUAUCGGUGUGAUAUCUCACUGCGUUUUCGAUAAAUUGUACACGGUGCUAUAUUUUAUCUAGGAGAAAUUCAUUUCCAUUUUACCAUGAGUUAAACACAAUUUAACUGUUAACCGAUCAAAGCGAUACAACUGAGAAACGUCGAUCGAGAGCGCACAAAGAUAGGUGGUUUUAAUUUGAAAGCCAAAGGAUUAGGGGCGAAUUUCGAAUUGAAUAGAGAAGAAACGGUCCUCUACGGUUUGGUCAGGAUUUUUCUAGUGUAGGAAUAUUUACUCUUUGCAUCAAAUAAAGCUAACGAACUCAGUCUUCGCAUUUAAAGCCAACAGUAGGUCAAGGAGAAUUAAAUUAUGCUAUUUCCGAUCGACGACCAUAUUUGGGAAUCUCUAAGGAAUGCUUCACCCUUGACCCGGAGUUGUCCUGGAGAAACUAUGAUGUCAAUGAGGUUAUAGCCGAGUACAAAUUGAACGGUGUCAAUGGUAAGGCGCUUUACGACCAUGUCAUGAUAAUAUUGUGUCAUCCAUUUCAAGGGCAUUACUUAAUUGACGGAGACGCUCUCAGCACCUUCAACACACGCUUGUCAGUUUUGAUUGGCGCUUGCAUACACGGGGGUGUGACAGUGUUUAACAUUGCGUAAGAACAAGAUGAAUAGCGAUUGUGACUGCUUGUUCUUUCUAUGAGAGCGGUCGUUAAGGCCUCUCCUGACGAGUAUGUAAUAAAACUACCCGCCCCAUUUUUCUGGCGUUUCGCCGUCAGAUCUUUAGGCCUUACAUAUCCUUGACGAACAGACCGAUAAAAUGUAAAACAAGGUAUAGUUUCUUGCAGGUAAAUCGGGGAAUGUUUCGUAUGCAGCCCACUCGAGCGGAUUCAAUGAGCAUUCCACCUGUUAUAUUGUUCGGAAAUCCGUUUUUCAAACGGUUCAGUGGUCGUAAAUGUCCCUUUCUCCGUCUACCGUGACUUUAUCAACUUUCGCUUCCGCCCACGUCUGGGAUUGCCGUGUUCGCGUUCAACCCACGCGACGAGUUCCUUUGCAUUUCGCGGAGCGUUCACCGACGGAAAAAACGCCUUUUGUUCAACUCACUGUUUGCCUUGAAUGUUGCUUUGAAAUCAAACGAGUGUGAAUGUUUUUCGUUUCAGUGCCGACAAGCGCGAGGAUUUCGCCACCAUGACGUAAUUGUUUGAAACUGCCGGAAUUCUCGCCUUGUGAUGUCAUGGUGAUCCAUGACCAGGAUUUCCUAGAUGGGUUCCAGUAGUUGUCGGUUCGCGCGUCACUUGAAACUCUAUAUUUUUUAUAUUCGAAUUUUCUUUCAGGGUUUUUUUCUUGGCAGCGAUUUUCAAUUUGUAUCGGAAUGCGAAUCUCGUUGGAUUUGGAAUGUUUGUGCGGGGAUUGAGCGAUCUCUAUUAUGGCGACACAUCUUUGCUAACGCUUUAGUCGCGAAGAGGAUAAAAAAACUUGCAUCCAUGUUAAUUUGGGGAGUAACGACUUGUCGAAUGGUUGAUUUUCAAUGUACAUAAGGGAAGGAAUAUUUGGAAAUGUUCCCAGUGCUAGAAGUUCGCGUUUUAAGCGCAUCUGGUUAUUCGUAUUGGCCAUCUGCUUGCUCCAAGUCAAGAAAGCGAAAGGUUUUACGGAUCACGCCUCCAAAACAGGUUCUCCACGUGCACUUCACAAUCAAUCAUUAGACUCAUCAGCUUUUACCUCGACAAUUCCUGGAAAAGAUGGAUUGCGAACUUCCAAGACACACUCAUCUUUGGAGAGACAAAGACUUCAUCUCGGUCGCCACCAUUCCUCUUCCGACGAAGAUUCCAAGAAAACAGACUUGACUGAAAACGUCACGCAUUCCUCUGAUUAUGUCACGCACUUGAAUAACGUAACGCGUGCUAAGAAUUAUUCCAAACAUCCUCGAACUACGUCACUAACUUCUCCUGGUAGUCAUCCAAAACCGCGAAAAACAAAGAGAGGUCGAAGUGGCAUUACACAGAAGGAGUUGAAACUUUUAUCAAAUAAAUUAGGGCUUCCAAGGCAUCAGCGCUAUGAACGGAAGAACCCUAGUGAUACUAUUAAAACUUACAUUAAAUCGAGAAGGAAGAAAAAAAGAAAAUAUUCUUCGCCAAUUCAUAGUGGUCAUCUUCAUCAUCAUCGUACACAUUACCGUCAUCAUCACAGAAAGGCAAACCUUCAAAGACGCAAUUCCGUUGUAGGCGUUGAGGGUAAAUUGAACGGAAAACACUUCACGAAGAGACGAAGAUCUUUGCAACAAGAACCGCCGUUUCUGGCCAACAAGAGAUAUCCGCUUUUUCACGGAAGUGAGAGAGUUUUGUUGAGAUUUAAACGCAAGUCUCUUCUUGAAGACGAUAAUGAUGAUGAGAAGCCGUCCAAGGCCCGUAAGAAACUCAAACGAAAAAAACGCCGUCGAGCCCUCCGCGGGCAUUCUAAGACGCAAAGGGUGCCUCGAUCGAAUCCAGUCAUAUUUCCUCUGAAUGAGUUUGCAAGAGGAAGCUACCCGAGAAGUAUGGCUUGGAAACGACCAGGUUUAAGAAGAAAUCCCCUCAACACGGCUCUUAUUACAAAUAAUAAUGCUAAAUCUCAAGCUAAAUACGACCCUUUGGUAUUCGGGGGGCGGGCGUCUUCUCUGUCAAUGAAUCCAUACGGCUUAUCUACCAAUCCGGAGGAAUACACAGCUCUAAACAGCCGGCGACAAGGUGUUUAUAACGUCAAUACACCGCCCUCCGCACCCUUAUCGCCUGGGAAUAUUGAAACAAAGAAAAAUCAGUUUGCAAACAAAGAGCCAGCUCAAUUUGUAGCUCUACCCUAUCGUUCUGCCAUGGCUAGUCCGGAGAUUCGACCAGCCUGGAACACAAGGUUUCAAAACGGAGCGGUGAUUGAACAGACGAAUAUUCAACAGCCAGUCAAAUUUCAAAUCGUGAAUGGACAGCCCCAGAGAAGCAGAUUGCUCAAAGCCGACGAUCAAAGCAAAAAGAAGUAUAUUCCUGCUGUUCAGCGUGCAUUUUACGGUUAUAAACAUCAAUAUGAUUACCAGCCUCAGUUUCUCAAGUCUCAGAUGCCGUUUACGGGUGGUAGCCCAAAAAAAGCACCCUUGUAUUCUCAAAUGGGACCUAAUAACCCCGAGUUUUUCCCUCAAGAAAGAGCAAGGAUGAAUCCGCCGUGGUCGCCAUUUUUGCCGGCAUUGAACGCAAACAAUCACGUGAGCGAUCACGCGAGCGUUGAUGGCGACGCGUUGCGGAGGUCACGUGUUUCUCAAGGGCUACUCAUGUACUUGAAUUUCGAGGAUGUGCAAAACGGUAGGGCAGCGUACGCGUCUUGGAAGGGAGAUGUUACUGACACGGACAAGCGGACAGAGAUUACAAGAUCUUUUGGAUCGUGUGGAAAAGCUGCAAGGCUAAACAGUGGCAGCGAAAUACUACUGAACGCAAACCAGUUAAAGGUAAAGUGCAUCUAUGGAUUAGCUGUAAAUGGAAGGGAGGGAGGGCACGCUUAUUCGUCAGCAGAGGGAGGGGGCAUCUUUUAGAGAAGGGACACUUGCUUCUUUUUACUGGCACACUUGCUCACGUGAUGAAAAGGUUUGAUCUAGGCAAUUCAAGGCGUAGUAACGCUCUCUAAAUUCACGCAAAUCGCAUCCAUAAUUCACGAUUCGAAUACAAACUAAAGCAAUGUCGUAGAAGAUAAUUUAAAUUCCCGCCAAGCCUGGUGGUUUUUGUACUACCCUGAGAAGAGGCAACCAAGAAUUCUCUGACAAUGCAAUUGCCUCGCCUACCACCUCCACGUGAAUGAGGUAUCCCUAGCGAUGAGACAGUGUAUCUUUCUCUUGAUUUUUAUU